GUUCCCCCCCCUCCGUACGCUACCUGCAGGCGAAGGUGCGGGCUCGUACCCGCUUGCAGCAGAGCGGUGUUGGAAAGCAACCGACCGAUAAUGCUGGUUUACAGAUGAAAACGACGCACGUGGAUGUAUUCAACCUCUUUUGCCCCGAAUUGCAGGCAGCAGCCUCCCACGCGGCACUGGGAGACGUAUCUGUGACGGUCUUUACCUUCCAUUCCGCUUACAGCUUUUCUGAUUUUAAUAUCUGCUAAUUGCUCGUCUCUGUAUGUGGUACGCUGUUAUCGUUUUAAACUUACUUGUGAACACCCGCGUCCAGUGAUUGAAUUAUCAAAUCAGUGCAGAUCAUGCGUUACUGACCUUCAGAGGUAGCCGCUUUAAUUAAAUAAUAGCUGCUAGUACACGCGAUGCGGGGCUGUGAUUGUACUUGCCUGCUGGUCCUGGAAUAACAACUCUUAUUUCCUUCCCGCGUAGAACGAUGGCUUCUAUCUCUGAGCGCACGUUCAUCGCCAUCAAGCCUGACGGAGUCCAGCGGGGACUGGUGGGAGAAAUCAUCAAGCGGUUCGAACAGAAAGGAUUCAAACUGGUCGCCAUGAAAUUAAUACAUGCCUCUGAAGACCUUCUGAGAGAACACUACAUUGACCUAAAAGACCGGCCGUUCUAUGAUGGUCUGGUGCAGUACAUGCAUUCUGGACCUGUUGUAGCUAUGGUGUGGGAAGGACUUAAUGUGGUUAAGACUGGCAGAGUGAUGCUGGGGGAAACUAACCCAUUUGAUUCCAAGCCUGGCACUAUUCGUGGUGACCUCUGUGUUCAAGUUGGAAGGAACAUCAUUCAUGGAAGUGAUUCUGUGGAAAGUGCUGAGACAGAGAUCAAUUUAUGGUUCACUCCUGAAGAACUGGUUGAUUACAGAAGCUGUGCUCAUGAAUGGAUCUAUGAGUAA